CUGCGGGUGGACCAUCGUCUCCGGCUAACAUGACGAAGCUGUUGUCGGCCCAGGAGGCUGCAAGGAUCUACCACACCAACUACGUGAGGAACUCCAGGGCGGUCGGCGUGCUCUGGACCAUCUUCACCAUCUGCUUCGCCAUCAUCUGCGUGGUGAUCUUCAUCCAGCCGUACUGGAUCGGAGACAGCGUGGACACCCCUCAGUCGGGAUACUUCGGGCUCUUCCACUACUGCAUCGGGAACCCCAUCACCGGAGAGCUGGUGUGUAAAGGCAGCGCGCUGGACUUCGGCUCCAUCCCUUCAGGCGCCUUCAAAACCGCCAUGUUCUUCGUCGGGAUCUCUUUGCUGCUGAUCGUGGGCACCAUCGUUUGCUUUAGUCUGUUCUUCUUCUGCAACUCGGGCAGUGUGUACAAGAUCUGCGCAUGGAUGCAGCUGGCAGCCUCGACUUGCAUGGUGGUUGGUUGCAUGAUCUACCCGGACGGCUGGGACUCGGAAGAGGUGAAGAGGAUGUGUGGGCAGCGGACGGAUAAAUACACACUGGGGAACUGUACGGUGCGCUGGGCGUAUAUCCUGGCCAUCAUCAGCAUCAUGGACUCCCUCAUAUUAUCCUUCCUGGCCUUCGUACUGGGAAACCGGCAAGACAAACUGCUGCCAGAGGACUUCCAGGUGGAUGACAAGAAAGAGGAAGCAUGAAGACUUCUGCACAUCAUCAGGCUCGACACACUAUCUGUCCAUCUCUGAAAGAUGAAGGACAAUCAUCCUCAAUGUCUGUAAAGGGGUGUUACCACCUUUCAGUUUACUAACAUUUUUAUGUAAACUUCUUAAAUAUAUUUUAUAUUUUGAGACCAUGGCCAAAUUGAGGUAUUUUGU